AUGCCCAUCGAUCUAUACUACGUGCCAGGCUCCGCUCCCUGCCGCGCCGUGCUCCUCACCGCCAAGGCUCUUAACCUCAACCUGAACCUCAAACUAGUGGAUCUGCACCAUGGAGAACAUCUCAAGCCAGAAUAUAUCAAGCUCAACCCUCAACACACAGUGCCCACCCUAGUGGACGAUGGGUUCUCAAUCUGGGAGUCGCGCGCCAUCAUCACAUACUUGGUGAACAAAUACGGCAAGGGCAGCAGCUUGUAUCCUGAGGAACCCAAAGCCAGGGCCCUGGUAGACCAGCGCCUGUACUUCGACAUCGGCACUCUGUAUCAGAGAUUUGCUGAUUACUUCUACCCACAAGUGUUCGGUGGCGCCCCCGCUGACAAAGACAAGCUGGCCAAGAUUGAAGACGCUCUGCAACUCCUCAACACAUUCCUCGAAGGUCAGAAGUUCUGUGCUGGUCCCACCCUGACCCUCGCUGACCUCAGUCUCGUCGCCAGCGUGUCUAGCUUCGAAGCUUCUGAUGUGGACUUCAAGAAAUACCCUAACAUUAAGAGAUGGUAUGAAACAGUGAAGAGCUCAGCGCCUGGUUAUUUGGAGGCUAACGAGAAAGGCCUGGAUGCCUUCAAGGGUCUCGUCAACAGCAUGAUGAAGAAGUAA